GGCGUCGCGUCACAUGGAAAUCAGCACCUUGGACAGCGGCUUCUGCCAAUGCGCAGCUGAACGCCAGAGAUUUUUUUCCCCACUCUCCCAUACCAAGGAAGGGAAAUGUAGAAUAGAGAAAUGGGAAGGACCAAAACAAAAUAAUGUAUUUAUAUUCCACUUAAUGUGCGCUCCUGGAACAAGAACAAGCGAUUCUGUGUUCUCCAGAAGACCAUCUUGGCUGUGGAACUGUGUUGUCAGAAACAAGCCGGGAAUCGUUGCAGGAAGAAGGGGAGAAACACAGAGUGGAAAUUCAAUGGAAAAUGGAUGAAUGCAUUUCGACUGAAUUUCGGUGUCUUGUCCGAUAUGGUUUAAAAUGCGAACACGCUGGGUUUUGAAGUGGAUCUCAGAUGCUUUCGGCGGGGGAAUUGUGUGGAACGUUUUCUUUAUUUAUCAACCCGAGAAAAAACUGUGAAAGAGGGGAAAGGAAGAAAAAAUAUACACCAUGAUGCGAUGGCUGGGAUGGCAUUGAGGGACAGACAAAAGGGAGAUGCUUUGAAACUCGUUUGAUUACACUUCGUAUUUUUAUAUGGACGGGGUGAAUUGUAACAACAUGUCUUGGUGGAUGCACUGACAGCGUUGUGACAUCUGUUUUUUUUAUAUCGCUUCAUCCACGAGCUACAGUAGCCUACGUUCUCCCGCGCCCCUUCCGCGCUGUCCUCUCCGCUGUCGACAGAAUACCGAAUUUUCGUUGCAAAGAUACGCCAGAUCGCCUUUAGUAGCAAAGAGCUUUCCGUUGGUGCCAUACAAAGCAAGUGUAGAUCUGAAAUGGAACGGGGCGGUUUGUUUUUGACCAGACUGACGUUUAAUUCUGCCAUUCACUCAGAUCUAUAGCUAUCGUGAUUUAUUUUAUACCGGCAGGUCUCUGUCUGUUUAUGAAAAAACUUCCGCAUUGGCUAUUAUAGCCUACACAUGCUAUCACUACAAAGGAAGUAACAACUGUCAAACGUGCCUCUUCUGCUGUUUCCAAUUAGACAUGUGAACAGCUAUUCACCGAGAUUGCACCUUGGAGGCCAUGCUUAAAGCAAACUCCGAUGUUGUUUUUUUAUUUACAAGCUCGGCCUCCGAACAGAAACAACAUAUACAAUAGUGGAGAACAAUAAUCCAUAGGUGGCUGCCGAGACGUGCGGCAGAAAUGUUGCACGUAUUGAGCUUUUAUUGUUGACAGCUUUUUCUUAAAAUUCCGUUUCAACCCCCUCAAACGCCUAUGUAACCCACAAUGUUCAAGUAUCGGAUUCGCAUGUUUUUCAAUGAACUGAAAGUACUAGUGUUGAUGCGAUCUGGCUCCCGACGGGCCGAAUCGGAAGCUGACCCAGACAGACGAUCAGGCAUGAGGGGACUCGGGGUUGGAGGCUGCGGGUGGCCUCCGUUCGACUGCACUUCCCGGGAUGACGAAGAGGAGUACUAUGGCACGGACCCACGACCGCGGAGCUUGGCGUUCGAGGAUAAGGACACGAAGCUCCAAGCGGGCCUGGACGCGGUGUCCCUCACCAGCACCAUGGACAGCGGCAUGCGCUCGCCGCAGUGCCGGAUCUGCUUCCAGGGUCCUGAGCAGGGGGAGCUGCUGAGCCCAUGUCGAUGUGACGGCUCCGUGCGCUGCACCCACCAGCCCUGCCUCAUUCGCUGGAUCAGCGAGAGAGGGUCCUGGAGCUGUGAGCUCUGCUACUUCAAAUACCAAGUGCUGGCCAUAAGCACCAAAAACCCCCUGCAGUGGCAGGCCAUUUCCCUGACGGUGAUCGAGAAGGUCCAGAUUGCCGCCAUCAUCCUGGGCUCGCUGUUCCUCAUCGCCAGCAUCUCGUGGCUGGUGUGGUCCUCGCUCAGCCCCUCGGCCAAGUGGCAGCGGCAGGACCUGCUCUUCCAGAUCUGCUACGGCAUGUAUGGAUUCAUGGACAUUGUCUGUAUAGGCCUUAUAAUCCAUGAGGGCUCGUCGGUGUACCGGAUAUUUAAGCGCUGGCAGGCGGUGAACCAACAGUGGAAGGUUUUGAACUAUGAGAAGGCCAAAGACCUUGGUGACCCCCUGAGCAGCUCAAGAGGGAAAGGGAGCGGGGGGCCGGGGUCGCGGGGGGGCGGUGGCCCCCACAGCUCCGGCCUGAGCGACCGAGCUGGGCGCACGGGCCAGCGCGUAAGGACUAUACUCAACCACCACUGUGGCUACACCAUCCUGCACAUCCUGAGCCAACUGAGGCCCACCGAUCACCGCCUGGGCUCGGCCACCAACAGGGAGGUGGUCAUGAGGGUGACCACUGUAUGAGGCCCCCCCCCACCGCCCCGCCCCGACGGGGACCAUCCUAGUGGAGGAGUGGGCGUGGGGGUUGGCUGGUGGUGGCUGAGUUUGGUGCAGACACUGAGGUCCCCCUCCAAACUCCUGCCUCACAGUCACGCCUCCGUAUGCCUCUGCUCAUCUUGAGACAUCAAGGGACCCUUAAAGAACUGAUGUUGCUCGCCUCUCUUCGAUGCCUCGUCCUCUCACUCCUUCUCAGCGCACGUGGUUGCUUUGGUUUUUUCGAAGUCCGUGUUUGGUGAACGAAACUGCUGGGUGAAGCUGACUCAGUUGUCAUCUGAGGCGCAGUCAUCCGAGAGGACCACGAGCAGUGCUUUUUAAGUGCUACAUUUACCAGUGUGGAUUGUGACAUUAAAACUAUUAUGGUUAAAAAAAAAAAAAAAAAAAGAUGAAGGUAACCAACUGAAAAAAAAACUGUUUUAAAAAAGACUAUCGGCUUCGACUUCUAAAAGCUGAAGGGGUUUCUUUCCCCAGCUGAAAUAUACAAAGCAUUGCCAUGUAUCCUGUUCUUCUGUUUUCUAAGAAAGACAAACAAUGACAAAAAAAAAAACUGAAAAACUGUGGGUAUUGUUACUGAUUUUGAUAACUUCUAACAUGAUAUUGAAAAAGUGGAAUUUCUUCCCUCCCCCCCUCCCUUUUUCUCAUCUUUGCUUUUGACCUAUCACGGCCAGCCAUCCUCCUCUUUCUCUCCUUUCCUGGCCUGCCUCAGAGGUGUUGUGGUUGCAGAUCUCUCUAUCUCUCUUUCUCUUUCUCUCUCUCUCUCUCUCCCUUCCUCUCCCUCUCUCUCUCUCGGCUGUGAUCCAGCGGCCCAAACUGGCUCCUGUGCAACUCCACAAGGGCAUUCCGAAGUUUAAUAAACCACCCGAGUGCAAUAAAACUCCUGAAAAGAGAUGAGUGACACAAAGGGAAAUUCCAAAAGUACAAAUCAUCUUCUGCAAUAAAGAAAAAAAUGUACAUGUUAUGGUGAACUGUU